GUGUAACAUGAGAAAAACAUUGAGAUCAAUAGCAAGAGGAACGAAAUGCACAUGUUUUGUAAGUUAGCACGAAGAAAUGGCAGGAUGUUAGAAAAACUACAGCGACGCUCAGAGACCCUCGUCAUUUUUCUUAACUUCCGGAUUACGUAAUCUUUCUGAAACGGUAGAGGAAACUAGGGAGGUGUUGACAAUGGAGCGAUUCUCAGACUUCCGGUCCCUGCUUGUAACAUUAGCAUUUCUGUUAACGUUUUGGGACCGGUCCAGAUAUGUGUCGGGGUCGGAUGAAGAGGGCCUGCUGAUGCAUCAACUCCUGGGCCACGCCUACAACAACUUGGUCAGACCGCGGGGUGAGGGCGUCAAUGGAACCUUGAAAGUGAAAAUAGGGAUGAGGUUAUCACAACUCUUAGAUAUGGACGAGAAAAACCAGAUAAUGAAGACGAGUGUCUGGUUACACCAAGAAUGGUCGGACAAGCGUUUAGUGUGGGACCCCCAGGAUUUCGGUGGUAUCGAUAUGACUCAGAUUCCGUCGUCAAUGCUGUGGAAGCCAGACAUUGUACUGUACAACAACGCCGACGGAGAAUUCAUCGUGAAACAUGACAUUAAAGCUAAAGUUUACAGCACGGGACGAAUUGUGUGGGAACCGCCAGCCAUCUACAAGAGUUAUUGCCCCAUAGAUGUGGAGUUCUUCCCCUUUGACAGACAGGAAUGUUUCAUGAAGUUUGGUUCCUGGACGUACGACAUGGAGCAGAUAGAUCUCCGGCACAUCUGUGACGAGAAAGCCAUCACGUACAUCGUCGGGGACAAAGAAGAACGCGUGAUCGACCGAGGGGUGGAUCUAAAAGACGUCUACUUCAACGUGGAGUGGGACAUCCUGAAUGUGACGGCCACGUGGAGGGUGAAAUCGUUCCCCUGCUGCGAUAUCUCUUAUCCGUACAUCAUGUUCAACAUCACGCUCCGCCGGCGUCCAUUGUUCUACUCCCUUAACCUCAUCAUGCCGUGUUUGUCUAUUUCCGGUCUGACGGUGCUGGUGUUCUACCUGCCCUCAGACAGCGGGGAGAAGAUCACCCUCUCCAUCUCUAUCCUCCUUGCCCUCACUGUGUUCUUCCUCCUCCUCUCAGACAUCAACCCUCCGACAUCUUUUGUCAUCCCACUCAUCGGGAAAUACCUCCUCUUUACCAUGAUUUUGGUGACGUUAUCUAUAUUUCUAGCGGUGAGUUCGAUUGGAAUCACCAAUAGGAAACCCUCAACACACAGCAUGAGCCCGUGGGUAAAGCGAGUCUUUACUGACAUACUGCCGAGUGUGUUAAGAAUGGAAAGGCCAGGGUUUAAGAAAAGUAAAUCCUCGGUGGUUGGAGGUUUAAUACAUUGCAUGAAAAAAGACUACCACUGUUCGUUACAUUUAUUGAAUAUAAACGAUGAGCCAAAGAAGAAAUCGCAAGAAUUCCUUGAAUACCCGAAGCGUGUCCAGAGCGCCGUUAACGGUGUGCAGUUCAUUGCAGACAACCUCAGGAAGAGUGACGAAGUCAAAAUGGAAGAGCUGGAUUGGAAGUACAUCGCUAUGGUGGUGGACCGCCUGUUUCUCUAUCUCUUCUCGGCGGCUUGUCUCUGUGGAACUUUUACCAUAUUUCUAUACGCCCCCUCUCUGUAUGACCCGCGUAAUGCACUUACGAUGAAUGACGUCACUGAAGAAUGUGUGUAUUAAUGUUAUACUGUUAGAAUAUGCAUAUAUUUGAGUCCGUACCAAAGAUAAACAUAAAUCAUAGCUUUUUAACGCUUGUCUGUAUAUUUAAUGAAUGACAUCUAUGUAAUAUCUCUGAUGAUGUACUGUAAUGACGUCAUGAUUAUUUAUAUACAUGAUAUUGUAAAUAUUGUUAGGAUAAUAAAUGAAAUUUAAGAAUUCGUUGCAUAAUAUUUGCAUUCAAAUUGUUUUGAAUCAUCUGCAGUUAUAACACAUUGUUUUCCCUCGGACUGAAAUGUCACAUUUUGAUUGGAUUAAACAUGGCACGUGAUUGCCUCAUAUAUCUCUAUGUAGGUUCUUUGAGGAUUAAUAUUAGGCAAUAUGGCCGUCAUUGGCCGCCGCCUCACCUACUCAUUUCGAUUAUUCAUAUUAUUUAACACAGAAAUCGUGCUCAGUAAGUCCUUAAAAUAUUUAGAGUAGUGGUCCUUUGGAAUUAUUUUUAAAUUAGAGAAGUUGCCCUUUGAAUAUUGACGUCACAUUGUUGUGUC